UUUAGUAUAGGCCAGGUAUCUCAAAUAUCACCCAAUUUUUUUUCAUCCUGUUCAGAGAGAAGAGCCAUUCCGGAUGUUAUCCUACGUUAUGUCUUAUUGGGUUUUGUUUUUUGUGGUUGUUUAAACGGUUUCUGGACAGCUGGAAUACAUUUUAAUGUCACGUGACCAGGACAUUCUGCAGGAAAUGCAAGAUUACGACUCCCACUGUGUGAUGAGCUGAUACAGUCUGGUUUGAUUAGUAGUGGUGUCCUCGAAUGGGACCACUAUUAACGCACUGGGUAGACCGGUGUAGAGUGAAUCCCCCCUAUGAAACAAGACCUACCAGAUGUGUAUAAACCUCGGGACGUCGGAAGACCAUAACCAGUAGUAGUUCGACCUGGCACUUUGAGAAUAAAUAGACUGCCUCCACAUCCACAUCCACAUCCUUCCCUUUAAAAUAAACAACAACAAAUAACGUGGUUCACUACCCUCAUUAACGCGAGAAUAAUAAUAAUAACAGAUUAACCUCACACCUACUCCGUUGAGAUACAACAGGAAGCUUUCAAUCUAAAUGGAAGACGACACAGCAUGCCCCGCGAAUGCGACAUCUCCGCACACCCCACAGAAUGACACCCACCACGCAAUGUUUAAUGCCGCGAUCGCGCCGUCAUCAGCUUCCCCAGUCUCAGACCGUACGAACGAGCAGAUUGCAUCCACAGCGCAUGCUGUUAUCCGCCUGAUUCAAUGCUCUUGUUGUUCCCGGCCCCUACGCGCGCCGCUGCGGCUUCCGUGUGGGAACACGUUAUGUCGGUCUUGUUUGCCGCCAAUACAUGAGCGGACGGGGAUUACAUAUCCCGCAAGUGAGGAUCGAAAAAAGGGAUUCGCAUGUUAUUGGGGCCAAGAGGAUGGUUGUGCCGGGAAACACUGUCUUGGGGAUUGCGGCGCUGACGUGUUGUUGGGUAGACUGGUGGAUGUGUUUGAUGAGGCACUCUGCAAUUCCAGUCCCUGCUUAGAAGCGCCCUCUGGGGAGAAGCGUGGCUUUAGGGUGACAUGGACAGGGUUGAGAGACGACCAGCCCGAGAAAGUAGUGAAAAGCGCAGGCGUUGCGGGAGGACUACUACAGGGUUUGUACGGCCUAGUCAAGCGUGGUCAUUUCGAUUACGAUGCGUCGGAUGUUAAAUUUGAAGUCUACGGGCCUAUAGACCUGGAAAUCCAGCUUUUGGAAAGACUCAAGGAGACUGUUCGAAAUGAGCUAGACUGCCAGGUCUGUUACUCGCUUAUACUGGAUCCUUUGACAACGUCUUGUGGCCAUACCUUCUGUCGCGGGUGUGUUGUAAUGGUACUGCAUAACUCGGAUCUUUGUCCUGCCUGCCGCCGCAAGUUAAACAUGGAUUCAACGGUGAAGUCUGAGCCGAUCAAUAGAAGAGUUUCUGACAUCAUGGGGACUUUGUUCCCCGAACAAGUCGCUUCACGAAGAGACGCAAGCUUCCAGGAAGCAACUGAGCAAGAUGACGAAACAAUAAUUCCUUUGUUCGUGAGCUCGCUUUCCCUCCCAACAAUGCCGACUUUCUUGCAUGUCUUUGAGGCACGUUAUCGGCUCAUGAUGCAAAGAGUCAUGCAAAGUAGGGAGCGCAGAUUCGGCAUGGUCAUGUAUAACCGUGCCAGUCGACCCCAGCAGGGCCUUGGAAGGUCUCAAUUUAUGCAGUACGGCACCGUUCUGACCGUUGAUCGCUAUGAGCUUCUGCCUGACGGAAGAAGUCUAAUUGUCGCUACCGGGUUGUACCGCUUUAAGGUGCUCAGUUCGUAUGUGGUGGAUAUGUACUAUGUCGGUAGAAUACAGCGCGUGGAUGAUGUGUCGGUAAUGGAAGAGGAAAACCAGGAGGCCAUGGAGACAUCAGGGGCAGGCAGCUCUUCCUUUUUGGCUGCGAACUCUUCCGGCGAACAAUGCCUAGAAUCUAUGUCCACGCAGCAGCUGUUCCAGGUGGGACUGGAUUUUGUAAGGAAGCAGCACAGCCAAGGAGCAGCAUGGCUCCAUCCUCGCGUACUCUUGGCAUAUGGUGACAUUCCAACGGAACCUACACAAUUUCCCUGGUGGUUUGCCAGUGUCUUGCCAAUAUUGGAACAGGAAAAAUAUGCUCUUUUAUCAACCACUAGUGUCAGGGAAAGGUUGAAGAUCACUUCACGUUGGGUGCGAAAGCUGGAAUCUCGGGAAUGGAUGGCUCGAUCUCGGCCAUCGCUUACUUCUGCCUUAUGACUAGCCGUUCCUCUCCUCGUCUUUGCUCUGGUCCCGGUGGUAAUGGGCCCGGUUGCAUCGUUCAUACCGUUU